AAGUUAUUAUUAUUACUAUUAUUAUCAUUGAAUUUUGGUCGAAUUUAACUACAUGAUAACAAAGAAAAAAAAAAAAAAACAUUUCAGACCUUAUCCAAAGAAAUAUGUGAAGUUACAUACUAAAUUUAAGUAUUAUGUGUAUGAUAGCGGUCUUUGACAAAAGCAAGGGAUAAAGAUUUCAGCUUGUAGGCAAUCACUUUGCGCCUAUUUUGACUGUAAUUACAUUUUACUAGUCUACGCUUCUGGAUGCCAUAUAUUCGCGGUUUUCUGGAAUUCUGUAUCGGGGAUCUUAUUCAAUAUCACUCUCCUCAGGCUUUUGACGUCCUUUAUAGGCAGGUUUCCUUGCCUAGCAGGUGUUUGCUGUUAUGUUUAUGAGAGAAAUGAAAGGAGUCUGCGUUGAUGGACAACUGUCCUGAGUCGUUAAAGCAGUUGCUUUUCCUGGGUCAAUGUGACGGUGAUCAAACGAUAUUGAAUCAAAUGAAGAAUUUUCAACAAUCACGACUAAUGCCUCUAUGAUUGAAUUAAAUAGGGAUACUCUUGUUUCUAGCUGCAUUUUCUCAUUCAUGAUGUCGCCAUCCAACAGCUGGUGCCCUUUUUCGAAUGCCUACAAGUCUUUACUUUUUCACCUGCUCAUACAUGUGGAUUUUAGAACUUGGAAACGCAGACUUUUAACAAUAGACGACAAUGGAUAUUGCUUCACUUGCUCUUCUCUGUACCGCUACCAAUCUUCUCAUUUUCCUCCUCAAAAUCUCCACUGCCCUAGACACCAUUUCUCCCUCCGAAUCUUUGACCGAUGGCAAGACCUUGGUUUCCAGAGAUGGAACAUUCGAACUGGGUUUCUUCAGUCCCGAUGAUUCCGAGAAACGUUACUUGGGAAUUUGGUACGGAAAUAUUCCCGUUAGAACUGUUGUUUGGGUUGCAAAUAGGAAUAUUCCAAUUAAUGGUUCUUCUGGUUUGUUGACUAUAAACAGCACUGGCAGUCCCGAGCUUCUUAGUGAGAACAAGACUGUUGUUUGGUCAGUAUCUAACUUUACAAAAGAAGCACGAGAGCCAAUUAUGCAGCUGUUGGAUUCAGGAAAUUUAGUUUUAAGAAACAAAAUUGAUGAAGAUUCAGGAAUCUACUUGUGGCAAAGCUUUGACUAUCCAUGUGAUACAUUGCUACCUGGAAUGAAGCUGGGAUGGGACUCAAAGACCAGACUUAAUAGACAUCUAUCUUCGUGGAAGAGCUCAACUGAUCCAUCUCUUGGAGACUUUAUGUGGGAGGUACAACUGAACAGUAAUCCUGAGCUAGUUAUGUGGAAGGGCACAGAGAAAUACUACAGGAGUGGCCCAUGGAAUGGUAUUUCGUUUAGUGGAGGCAUCGCACUAAAGCCUAACCCUAUUUUUGGGUACAAUUUUGUGUCAACUGAGGAUGAGGUAUACUACAUAUUCAACCUCAAAAAUAACUCUCUAUUAACAAGGAUAGUUAUGAAUCAAACCACAUAUACUCGUCAGCGGUACACUUGGAAUGAUGUCAAUCGAAGUUGGGUCCUCUAUGACAAUGUGCCAAGAGACCGUUGUGACGCCUAUGGCCUUUGUGGUGCCUAUGGAAAUUGUGUAGCCAGUGAAUUGCCAGUUUGCCAAUGUUUAAGAGGCUUCAAGCCUACAUCAUUAGAGAGGUGGAAUUUAAUGGAUUGGACUCAAGGGUGCAUGCGCAAUAAACCUUUAAACUGUGAGACAGGAGAUGGAUUUGUUAAAUUUUCUGGGUUAAAGUUGCCAGAUACUACGCAUUCUUGGGCAGACAAAACAAUGAAUCUCAGGGAAUGCAGGACUAAAUGCUUACAGAAUUGUUCUUGCAUGGCAUAUUCAAAUUUAGAUGUUACUCAACGUAGCAGUGGAUGUGCUAUUUGGUUUGGUGACUUGAUGGAUAUGAGACAGUUACCAGCUGAUGGGGGGCAGGAACUAUAUAUUCGAAUGAGUGCUUCAGAAACAGGAAAAGCAAAACCUGUGAUGAAGAUAGCAAUAAUAACUUCUGCUACUGUUGCAAUGGUCUCUGGGAUACUUAUGAUCAGCUUCGCCAUAUACAAACGGAAGACCAAGUCCCCGGAGCAAACAGCGAAUAAUACACACAACAAUCAGAACAAUAAUUACCAAAAUGAAGAUUUUGAGCUACCAUUGUUUGAGUUAUCUACAAUAGUUAAUUCCACCGAUAACUUUUCAGUCAACAACAAGAUAGGAGAAGGUGGUUUUGGACCUGUAUACAGGGGUACGCUAACAGAUGGGCAAGAAAUUGCUGUGAAGAGGCUAUCAAGGAGUUCCGGACAAGGAUUAAAUGAGUUCAAAAAUGAAGUGAUACUUAUUGCGAAACUUCAACACCGAAAUCUUGUAAAGCUUCUUGGUUGUUGCAUUCAAGGAGAGGAGAAAAUGUUGGUCUAUGAGUACAUGCCCAAUAAAAGCCUUGACUCCUUCAUUUUCGAUCAAACAAGAAGCAAACUGCUAGACUGGCCCAAGCGUUUCAAUAUUAUCUGUGGGAUCGCUAGGGGCCUUCUGUAUCUGCAUCAAGAUUCAAGAUUGAGGAUCAUACAUAGAGAUCUCAAAGCAAGUAAUGUAUUACUUGAUAAAGAGAUGAAUCCUAAAAUUUCAGAUUUUGGCAUGGCUAAAACCUUUGGAGGUGAACAAACUGAAGGAAACACGAAUAGGGUGGUUGGAACUUAUGGAUAUAUGGCACCGGAAUAUGCUACCGAUGGGAUCUUCUCAGACAAAUCUGACGUUUUUAGUUUUGGCAUCUUAAUGCUUGAGGUAAUAAGUGGUAAAAAAAGUAGAGGGUAUCAUCAACCAAACCAUAGUCAUAACCUCAUUGGACAUGCUUGGAGACACUGGAAAGAAGGCAAGUGCUUGGAAUUGAUCGAUUCAGUAUUAGGAGAGUCAUAUCAUCUAUUGGAAGCAAUGCGAUGCUACCAUAUUAGCCUCUUAUGUGCGCAACAUCAUGCUGAGGACAGGCCAAGUAUGGCACUUGUGGUUUUGAUGUUAGGCAGUGAGAUUCCAUUGCCUGAACCCAAAGAACCUGGUUUUUUUAAUGACAAAGGUGGACUUGAAGAACAAUCUUCAUCGAGCAAAAUGGGAUCAUCUUCAAGCAAUUUAAUGACAAUCUCAUUGCUGGAAGCUCGAUAGAAGAUCAUUUACUAGUUUUAUAUGCAGAUAGACCCCUUCAGUGCAAAGGAAUUUAUAUGACAAUUUUCCAGUUCAGCAUGUACAUAAAUGCUGCAAGGAGUUCAGAUAACAAAGUAAUGGGAGCUGUAGUUAUUAUAGUUUGGUGGGAAGUCUUUGGUUUUUAUGCUACGGUAAGUGAAGUCUUUAAGCUUUAUUAUUCAGAAAGUAAGAAUUUAUAAUUUUAUUUAUUUUAAAAUAAAAAAAAAUUAAAUUAAAAAAAA